AUGGACAACCACCGCCUUCCAAUUGAAGCCUGGCUCGCAGGACUGCCUUUCACGGUCAGUACCCUGCCCAUCCCCCUGGCAGCGUCAAUGCUCACCGACUCUCAUGCUGCUGUGCCUGGGCCUUCUAUCUCGACUCGGACGCCUACUUCCGAAUGGACAACCACCACCUGCCCCAUUGAAGCCUGGCUCGCUGCCUUGCCCUUCACGGUCGGUAUCUCAACCCAGAGGCUGCCUUCCUCGUCCCUGAUUUCUCUGCCAUCUUUUCUGCCAUCUUCUCUGCCAUCUUUUCUGCCAUCUUCUCUGCCAUCUUCUCUGCCAUCUUCUCUGCCCUCUUUGUUGCCUGCUUUUCUGCCCGUUUUACUGCCGGUUUCUCUGCCUGCUCCUCUGGCUGCUUCUCUAUCUCUGCCUGAUUCUCUACCCGCCUCUUUGCCUGAUUCUCUACCCUGCCUGUUUCCCUUUUUCCCUCCCAUCUCCCCGCAACUGCCACCUGCACCCCACCAGGGAGCAUUCAACUGGAUAAGGGAUCGCUACGGCAUGGAGCUCACCAAUCAGACGUGGAUGCCGCAGUUCCCCAUUGGCCUGCUGGAUCCUCCUCCUGCUGACGUGGCAGCCUGCAGCCAAUCACCCGCUGCCCCAUGUGCAGAGGAGCCCUUGGAGGAGCUGAUUGGUCUGUUCGCCCGGAAUUCAGGGGAGGAGAAUGGCGCCUCGGCUGCUCUGUUCAAUGCCUCCUUAGAGUCAAUCAAUGCGGGGGUUAUGCUGCUGAGACGCUCGCCCCUUACCUUCAAGUCAAUCAAUGCGGGGGCUAUGCUGCUGAGACGCUCGCCCCUUACAUUCAAGUUUUUGGACACUUGGUAUAACGAAGAACCUUCUAACCGCCAUUUACAGGAAGCCACGUGGGAGCAAAACCGCCUCAACCGCAUUGCACCACUGUUUGCAAAGCACCUGGUGGUCGUGCCGUACCUGGAGCUCACUCGUCCGGAGGGUCGUCAGCUUAAUGCGGCUCCCGAGUUCAACCCUAGGUACGACAGGCCUAAUGAUUACGCUCCAUUGGAGCUGGGGGGCCUGUACUCUAGCCGUGAUAAAUGCAAGGAGGCCGUUUAUGCGUACGCUCUAGAGCAUCGGUUUGUCAUCGAUCCGGAAGUUCAAGUGCGGUUGGACACAUUAGAUCGGUGUUUCCACCGAUUCUACGUGCGUCCCUCUGCAGCACGGCAUGCGUUAAAUUAUUGCCGCCCGGUUGUUGCGCUCGGCGGUACACAUCUCAUUAGUGCGCAGAAGGCUGUGCUGCUCAUCGCCGUCACCAUUGACGGGAACCAGGAGAUUUUGUUACUUGCAUGGGCCUUGGUGGAGUCGGAGAACAAGGACGCGUGGACCUGGUUUCUGAAGCUGUUCCUUGAGGGGUUCCCGGAGUGGGCGCGUAGGGACGAUGCCUCCAUCAUCAGCGAUCGCGAUAAGAGGUUGGUGCCGACAGCAAGGGAGGUGAUGCCAAGCCACAUCCCCCAUUAUUUUUGUGCCUGGCAUCUGGAGCAGAACCUUAAGCGGUUCGGCAAAGCGGCAACAGCGUUCUUCUGGCGCUUGGUGAAGUGUCGGGAUUUCGUGUUCGCGGAUGCUCGCGAAGGGAGGAGGGCACAGCGAGGGCAGGAGCGUGGUGGCAACGCGGGAAAUGGUGGCGUCGACACCGCGCCCCAACCCGAAGGGAGUGGGUUCUCGGAGGGCAACACGUCCGCGUACAACAGGCGUGGCGGCGGAUACCAGACGAAGGGGAUGGCGGAGCGGCUGCUUUUGGCAUCGGCCGUGGAGGGCGAGGACGAGCUUCAUCUGGACGUGGUCGCAGAGGGAGAGGCGGUGGCGUUGCAGGGGCGGGCCUUGGCAGGGGAGGUAGAGGAGUGCCCCCCGCGGGCGAUUGCGGAGGGCAGGGGGGUGCCGGAUCAGACUUCACGGGGGUUGGUGGUGGAGUACGGGAAGUGCCGCUCGGUGGGGCCGCCGGGGAGCAGGGGGAUGCCGGCGCGGGAUGGUCCGGCAUUGCAGGUGGAGGGAGGGGAGUCCCGCUUGGUGGGGCUCCUGGAGGGCAGGGGGGUGUCGGAGCAGGAUGGUCCGGCAUUGGAGGUGGAGGGAGGGGAGUCCCGCUUGGUGGGGCUCCUGGAGGGCAGAUGGGGGCCGGAGCAGGAUGGUCCGGCAUUGGAGGUGGAGGGAGGGAAGUCCCACUUGGUGGGACUCCUGGAGGGCAGGGGGGUGCAGGAGCAGGAUGGUCCAGCAUUGGAGGUGGAGGGAGGGGAGUCCCGCUUGGUGGGGCUCCUGGAGGGCAGGGGGGUGCCGGAGCAGGAUGGUCCGGCAUUGGAGGUGGAGGGAGGGGAGUCCCGCUUGGUGGGGCUCCUGGAGGGCAGAUGGGGGCCGGAGCAGGAUGGACCCAGGCGACACCAAAGCGGGCCACGCGGUGAUGUUACGUUUGGGGUUGGCCUGGGCGCGAAUUUCAUGGGUGGGGUGGGGUCCGUUGGAAGGGGGGGCUCACCAGUGCCCUCUGGGGGCGACGUGCAGCGAGCUCCAGCAUCUGUGCGUGAUAAUGGUUUGGCAUCAUGCUCCACGGGUGAUGGGAUAGGCGCUCUCACCACUGUGGGGAACCUGGGUGCACGAGCAUUUGACGUCAACACGGUCCUGCGACGUGCCCGGGAGUGGUACCGGGCAGAGGACAUUGACACGGGGAGGACCACGGGCACUCAGGGAUCAGAGAUGGGUGGGUUUACUGAGCACUUCCACCCAGCAUCGGCUCUUGCUCUGCCAUGGCCAGACUGCGGGCAGCGGGAGAACAUUCCUGCGCAAGGGCCGGACGAGCCAACAUGUGAGGAUGAUCCGGUGCCAGUGGAUGCUAGGGAGGAUGGGGAUGAGGCGGCCGAUGGUGAGGGAGAACCCGGAAUACAUGUGCGCACCGGGUUCUAUCGUAACAGGCGCGGAUCAUCUUAUCGCAUAGGGGGAAUCAUGCUGCUGCACUGGGCCCGUCUUUUUGCGGUGACACUGCGUUUUGGCAUCUACACAAGCAACGCCGCCGAGUCCAUCAACAGCGCUGUCCGCGGCAUCCGAAUGCUGCCACCAACAUGGCUGUUGGCAUCCCUUUGGGAUUGGUCUCGCGACAAGUGGUACGAGAGGAAGGAGAAGGCGCGCUGCAGGGAUGAGUAUCUCAUGGCUGCCGCAGCGAAACGACUGGACCAAAAGAAGCAGAGGUGCCAGGGGUAUUGGUUCAUCGGUGGGGACAACUCUGUGGGAACCAUCCAGACCAGGGGGGGGGAAAACGAGUUCCAGUGGCGGAGCUUCAACGUGAACCUCGAUGCCCGGACGUGCGAGUGCGGGAACUGGGAGGAGUACCAGUUCCCUUGUGCCCACGCCGUGGCAAUGUGCAUUCUGAAGCAGCGGAGUGUGGAGAUCCUUGUGUCUGAGUACUACACCACUCGCAAUCUUCGCCAGACAUACAACCGGGAUGUGAUGGGUACCUGUGUGGACCGGCUGAUUAUGGAGGCUUCACUGGCAGAAGUGGGCGAGUGCGAUGCACCAGCGCUGAAUGAGACGAGGGUUGGGAGGCCAGAGAAUCACACCCGGUUCGAGGCACCGCCGCACGCUUAUCGGUGUGGGCGAUGCCGACAGUAUGGGCACAACCGCAAAAGGUGCAAGUACAAGUACGGUGGGUACGGUCAGGCGCAGGCUGCGGUGGGGGAGGAGGUGGAGGAGGAGGAGGAGGAGGAGGAGGAGGAGGAGGAGGAGGAGGAGGAGGAGGAGGAGGAGGAGGAGGAGGAGGAGGAGGAGGGGGAGGAUGGAACUGGUACAGGAGUGUGA